UGUAGGGUGACUCCAAGAAUGACUCCUGGAUCUUUGCCCUAGCCAUCCUGCUCAGCAGCACUUUUGUCUACAACAGCAUGAACACCAUCAACCAGCAGGCCUUGGAGCAGAUGCAGUAUCGUUUUAGAAUUUCAGAACAUCCAUAACAGGCUUGGUGCUAAUUUUCUCUCACCAGGAUAAAAGAUAAACUAUCCACACUUUAGAAGCUGUCAUCAUGAGUUAUUUUGCUCAGAAAUACACGUUGCUAGGUGACUAAUCUUAGGACCAAACCAGACCAGCUAAUCCUCACAUGACAGUCUGGUACCAGGCCCGCAAAUGUAGCCUUGGUUGGGCCUUGGUUGAGCUUACUGUUAGACAUCAGUAUUCUACUUCCAUGUUCAAGAACUCUGAAAUGACUCAAUCAUUCCAUCUUCCUCUCUGCCUUAUCGCUGCCAAGCCUCAUUUUCUCCUCUCUUUCUCAUCUCACAUCAUUCAUCUGUCUUCCUUUACAUCCCAUCUUUCACCCAUGUCUCAUAUGAAGAGGUGGCCCCUCUCCUUGCCAAAGCAAACCCUUUACAUGGUCCCUUGAUUCCAUCUCAUCUUGUCUUUUCUAACAGGUUAUCCUUUCUAUCAUCCUUGCCCUUUCACUAAUCUUCAAUCUCUGCCUACCUAUUGACUGUUUCCCUGUCACCUACAAAAACAGCCAUGUUUCCUCCAUCCUUAAAAAACCUUCACUUAACACUAUGAAUUAUCUCAAAAAGUUACAAUCCUAUUUCUCUACGUUCGUUCCCAGUGAAACUCAUUGAGAAGGUGGUCUAUAAUCAGUGCCUCUGCUUCCUUUACUCACUCUCAUCUAUCCCUUCUGUAAUUUACAUUCUGACCUCAUCAUUCACUGAACCUCUUCUAUUCAAAAUUGCCAAUAAUCUUUAAAUUGCCAUAUCUACUGGUCUUUUCUCAAUCCUUAUUCUUCUUGACUUCUCUGCAGCCUUUGCCACUGUCGAUCAAGCUCUCGAUCUCCUUGACAGCAGAGACCAUUUUUUGGCCUUGAUUUGUAUGCUAAGCACUUAGAACACUGUCAGAUGCAUAGUGAACAUUUAAUAAAUGCGUCUUGAUUGGCUGGUUCAGUACCAGGCCUUGUGUUCUAAUACUAUAGCAAUCAGGAAUCAUAAUGAGACCUGGAGUCUCACCAAGUUGAUUGAAGAAACUUCAGGCUGAUCAGGGACUCCUCUCUAAAGUGCUUCCUUUCUCCUUUUACAUCUGUGAUCGAAAUCCCAUGAGUACAGAAGGGAAGGUGGGAGAGAGAAUUUAUAAGACUCACUGCAGGGAAGGGAAGAUACCACAAGUCAAACUGGGAACUGAUGAUGGGGGGUGGGUGUUUCCUUUUCCUUAUCUGUGAUCUUAGAUAUGUAACAGAGUUGACAAAGCUAAUCAAAGUCAAAUCCUCACCUAAUGCUGUUAGAGAAGAAGACUCAGCAGAGUUUGUGGGCUUCUUCCCAGACUUUGUGUGGACUGUACGGGAUUUCACCCUGGAGCUAAAGCUAGACGGCCACCCCAUCACCCCAGAUGAGUACCUGGAAAAUGCCUUGAAACUCAGUAAAGGCGAGCAUCCCAAAGUUAAGAUGGCAAACCUUCCACGAGAGUGCAUCAGAAAAUUCUUUCCAAAACGGAAGUGUUUUACAUUUGACCGUCCAACAAAUAAUAGGUCAUUCUUAGCCCAGCUUGAAGAUGUCCAAGAAAGCCAGCUGGAGCCUGCAUUCAAGGAUCAGGCAGAAAACUUCUGCUCUCACAUCUUUUCCAAUGCAAAAACCAAGACCCUUAGUGGGGGAAUCAUGGUCAAUGGGAAUCGGUUGGGAAAGCUGCUGGAGACCUAUGUGAAGACAAUCUCUAGUGGAGACAUUCCCUGCCUGGAGAAUGCGGUAUUGGCAUUGGCUGAGACUGAGAACUCAGCUGCUAUGCAAAAAGCUGCCAAACACUAUGUAGAGCAGAUGGUGCUAAAGUUGCACUUCCCCACAGAAACCCUCCAGGACCUGCUAAACCUACAUACAGACUGUGAGAAAGAAGCCAUCUCAAUUUUCAUGACACAUUCUUUCAAGGAUGACACACACAAGUUCCAGAAGGAACUGGUGCAAAUCUUAGAAUCCAAGAAGAAUGAUUUCAUCCGUCAAAAUGAGGAAGAAUCAACCAAAUAUUGUCAAACUAAGCUUGAGGACCUCUCUCAGACCCUGAUGGAAGCCAUUUCUCAAGGCACCUUCUCUGUGCCAGGGGGUUACAAGCUCUACAGGAAAGAAAGAGAAAAAAUAAUGAACAAUUAUCAUCAAGUUCCCAGAAGAGGGAUAAAGGCAGAUGAGGUCCUCCAAAGGUUUCUACAGUCACUGGCAAUGACAGGAGAAUCCAUCCUGCAGACAGAUCAAGCUCUCACUGACAAAGAGAAGGCCUUGGAAGCUGAACAGGUAAAAAGAGAAGCAGCCGAGAAGAAGAAGGAGUUAUUGGAACAGCAACAAAUGGAAAUGCAGCAGAACAUGGAAGCUCAGCAGAGAAGUUAUGAAGAAAACAUCAACCAAUUGAAAAAGAAGAUGGAGGAAGACAGGAUCCAGAUAUUGAGAGAACAGGAAAUGAUUCUAGACCAUAAACUAAAGGAACAAAAGAAGCUGAUGGAGGAAGGGUUUAAUGAGAAAGCUGAAGAAAUGAAGAAAGAGAUAGAGGACUUACAAACAAAGAUUAAGGAUGCUGAGAGUAAAAAGUCCUCCGGGUUGUCCUCAAUUUUAGAUAGUUUUGGCACCGCAUUGAUGGUCAUGUUACCUGGUGUAGGAAAACUCAUUGGUUUGGGGAUAAAGGCACUGGGCAAAUUGGUGUCAUAACCAAAUGAGUUUCAGUUUCUCAAAAAAAAAUUAAAGAAGAUAUUUGUUCCACCUAAUAAAAUAUGGCACUGAGACCUCCUUA